AUCUGUCUAUUUUUCACCAGCUUUUACUGGCGCGUCGUGUGCGCUCGUUUUCUUUUCGAUGUAAUGUAUCUGCCAGCAUUAUCUUCAGUGUAAUAGUAAAUAGAAGUUUUCCUGUGAUUGGAAACGCCUACUUUCCUCUCCCGUUUUAAGUGAUAAAAGUGAGGACACAGUAGACGGGAUGGUGUCACCAAUGGAUGACCAGGACAAGCUCCUGGAUGAGGCCAUGGGUGCUGUCAGAGGGCAAGCAUUUCAAAUGAAGAGAUGCUUGGAUAAGGGACGCUUGAUGGAUGGGCUAAAGCAUGCCUCAAAUAUGCUUGGUGAAUUGAGGACAUCCCUCUUAUCACCUAAAACUUAUUAUGAACUUUAUAUGUGUAUAUGUGAUGAACUACGUCAUUUAGAAAUGUACCUGAUUGAUGAAUUCCAGAAGGGUCAUCGUGUAGCUGACCUUUAUGAAUUGGUUCAGUAUGCAGGAAACAUUGUACCAAGGCUGUAUUUGCUGAUUACAGUUGGCUUGGUGUACAUCAAAACUAAUGAGACUUGUAAACGAGACAUUUUGAAAGAUCUCGUUGAGAUGUGUCGUGGUGUUCAGCAUCCCCUUCGUGGUUUGUUUCUUAGAAACUACCUUCUUCAGUGUUGUAGAAAUAUUUUACCAGAUAUUGAAGAUCCUUCUGGUGGAAAUUCAGAUGACUGUCCAUCUGGAUCUAUUUCAGACAGUAUAGAUUUCAUAUUAAUGAAUUUUGCGGAGAUGAACAAGCUAUGGGUUCGUAUGCAGCAUCAGGGUCAUUCCCGUGAAAAGGAAAAGAGAGAAAGAGAGAGACAGGAAUUGAGAAUUUUAGUGGGCACCAACUUAGUGCGGCUUUCACAGCUUGAAUAUGUUGAUGUUGAGCGCUAUAAAAAGACAGUCUUACCUGGAAUCCUAGAGCAAGCUGUAAGCUGUAGAGAUCCUUUGUCACAAGAGUACUUAAUGGAAUGUAUAAUCCAGGUUUUCCCAGAUGAAUUCCACCUGCAGACAUUAAGUGCAUUCCUGAAAGCUUGUGCAGAGUUGCAUGCUGAGGUUAAUGUCAAGAACAUCAUCAUAUCUCUUAUUGACAGAUUAGCAAAUUUUGCCCACAGGGAAGAUGGAACAGGCAUCCCUGAAGAAAUCAAGCUUUUUGAGAUCUUUUCUGAACAAGUUUCUCAAGUGAUAAAGUCUCGUCCUGAUAUGCCUCUCGAAGACACUGUCAGUUUGCAGGUGUCACUAAUUAAUCUUGCUCAGAAGUGCUAUCCAAAAGAAAUCGACUAUGUGGAUAAAGUUUUGCAGAAUACUUUGGAAGUUUUCCAGAAGCUAAACAUUGACAAGACGGCUCAGAGCCAAGGAAUCCACUCAGGAUCUGCCCUAGGAAAGGAGCUCAGCCGUCUGCUACGGCUCCCUGCAGACAACUACAACAAUCUCCUCACAGUCUUGCAGCUGCAGUACUACACUCCCCUUUUAGGUCUUUUAGAUUAUAGUGGAAGAAAAAUACUCAGUACCUACCUUGUCACUAAUGCAGUAGAAAAUGAGACUGAGAUUCCUACACAAGAGCAGGUUGAUGCUGUGCUUUCCAUGAUAGCAUCAUUAAUUUGUGACCAGUCAGAUCAACCCCUUGUUGAACCAGAUCCUGAGGACUUGGCUGAAGAGCAAGGCCUACUUGCAAGAUUCUUGCAUCUGUUCAAAUCAACAAAUAGUGAUCAACAGUAUCUGAUUCUGACAACUGCACGAAAACACCUUGGAGCUGGAGGUAACAAAAGAGUGGUAUACACUUUGCCACCCCUUGUGUUCCAAGCAUAUCAGCUAGCUUUCAAGUAUUAUAAAGAAAGAGAAGAGGAUGAUAAAUGGAGCAAGAAAGUCCACAAAAUAUUCCAGUUCAGCCAUCAGACAAUAACUGCUUUGGUGAAAGCUGAAUAUGCUGAACUACCACUGAGGCUCUUUUUACAAGGAGCAUUAGCCAUUGAUAAAAUAGAUUUUGAAAACCAUGAAACUGUUGCAUACGAAUUUAUGUCUCAGGCAUUUUCUCUGUAUGAGGAUGAAAUAAGUGACAGUAAAGCACAACUGGCAGCCAUGACACUCAUCAUGGGAACAUUCCAGCAGACUACUUGUUUUACUGAAGAGAAUCAUGAACCAUUACGAACUCAGUGUGCAUUAGCAGCAUCAAAACUCUUAAAGAAGCCAGAUCAAGCCAGAGGGGUCACUAUCUGCUCUCACUUGUUUUGGUCAGCCCGUUCUGAAGCUACUAACAAAGAAGAACUAAGGGAUGAAAAGAGGGUUCUAGAGUGCUUGAAGAAGGCUGUUCGCAUUGCUAACCAGUGCAUGGAUCCUUCUGCUCAAAUUCAACUGUUUGUGGAGUUAUUGAAUCACUAUAUUUAUUUUUACGAAAAGGGGAAUACACAGGUUACUGUGGCAAUGCUCAAUCAGUUGAUCAGCAAGGUAAAAGAAGACCUGGCAAACUUAGAGACAACUGAAGAAACUGACCAAAUAUCGCGGCAUUUGACCAACACUUUAACGCAUUUAGAGCUUAGGCUACAGGAGCCUUCUGGAGAAGGCCCUAAUUAUGAGGGCCUACAGCUCUAGAUUUUUGUGGCAGCUCCCAUAAAGCUAUAUUUUUUUGGUUUCUUUCACUGUAUUUAAUCUCAGUCCACAAGCCAAAUGUUGUUGCAAAUGUUACAGAUAUAUUGUUAUAUUCCUAUGUGUAGUUUUAGUAUUGUGUACAGGUGCAUUUUUGAGGUGUAUCCAUUAUUGAGUUUUUGUACAUAUUGGAAAUAGAAAUAGAGAUAUUCAUGAAGAUGGUGCUGUGAUGGAGUUUUUUAAUGAUAGAAAUGUCACUGCAGUAGUGUAGUUAUCUACAAGUUUAAACGUAAUCAUUUUAAAGAAAUCAUUGUUUUAUGCUUAUUCCAUUGGAGUGCCUAGUAGGAAAGUUAUUAUAUUUCGGAUAUUAGUAGUGUAGCACAUUCAUUUUCUUGUUCAAUUUACUAAAAAUGCCUGAAGGUUAGACUGAUAUUGUUUAGUAAAACUUGCAGCUUUAGAAUUGCCCUUGGUGGAAUAAGCAAAAUUUCUUCAAAAUUACCAGUUUAAAAUGUCAGACAAAUUUUGUCAGUAAUGUAUUUGAAUUCCUUUUGAGAGAAUCAUCUUGGAUCAUAAAAUACUUUCUCAUCCCAUUUGACAUAUUAUUUACAUGAAACUGUUUUGCUGUAGAGGGGAAAUAAGCAGUACAUGCCAUAUUGCGUGUGAAAUGAACUACCCACAGUUUUGUGGAGUAAUAUAUUAGUUGUGCACUAUAGCAAAAAUUGCUGCCUAAAAUGUUUUCAUUGUUUAAUUUAGACUGGUACUGUAUUGUACUGUGGGUGAUAACUGUUAUAUGUCAUCAGUGAUACUAAUAAGGCACUGUACUGUAUUUGCCUGCUUUAUCUGAAACUAUGGUCUAUGCAAAGCUGUAUCUCUUGUAUGUGAUACCUUGGGGUUUUGAGAAGUGAAAAUGGAUUUCCAGAUCCCCAAGAUGUUAGGGUCAAGAAAAUGCACCAGUUGCUCAUUCCAGAACUUGAUACGUAUUGUGAAGUUAAUUUAUAGUCUCAACCAUUCUUGCAUAAAUAUAUUUUGGAGUAAGCAAUUCCUUCUUAAUAAAUGUAAGUUUAUUUGUUCCAUAAAUUUAUAGCACACUUUUGGGUUUCUGUUCCGUUCGAACAGUACUAAGUAAAUUAUAUUUAACA